AUGUCCAAAAUCAGUUACAGUGAAGGUAGAGCUGCACUUCAGUCGCUACAUGCACUGUCAAAGCAAGAACAGGAGGACCUCUUGAAGGAGUUCACAGAGCAGAGGGAGACUAAGACUCUUGGUUUGCAUAUCUUGAUGAAGUCGAAGGGAAUUACCUUCACCACUGAGGGUGUUCAAAAUUUCAUGGGUUCGGUGAUGGGGAUCAACAAUCAGGACUUCAUGAGCAAGAUGGAAGGAUUCGCCAUCCAAGGGAUGAAAGGCACCAGGAAAAACAGCAUUAAGUUCGCAAACCUCAGCAAUGUGUCUAGCACACUCCCUGAUCUCAAAAUGCUUGAGCAGCAGUGGGAGUUGAGUGCUACAAAAUGGAUAACCAUAGAUGACAAUGAGCUCAAGAAACUUCACCUGGAACAUUCUCGCGCAUCCACCGCAUCCAUCCUGUCCACAUCCAUUCUACCUCAUUUGAAGCGCAAACAAUCUGCAGUGUCAAAGGGAAAUGCUAAUCAGCACAAGAUCCAUAAGAGUGCUGAAUUCAUCGAGAGCAGUGAUGAGGAAGGCGAGGAAGGCAAGCCUGACCAGCCCCCAACUAUCACUACUAGUCCUGCAGCACAGUCUGCCACUGCACCCUCAGCAGAUGAGUCAGGACCGAGUACUCACCCUACAGAGCAGUUCAAUACUCUGGAGUUCCCUCAGUUCAACGCCCAUGAGUUUGCUCAACUCAAUGCUCAUGAGUUCACUGCAGGGUCCAGCCUUCCACCUUUCAACCCUGAUGCUACCUUGGCUCACCUCAACACAUUGUUCAGCCCAGAUAACUUCCUUGAUUUUGGUGACACCAUCUGA